UAGCAUCUAACGGUAUAAGGGGUCUAGUGCUCCGCGGCGACAGAGAUAUUCUUCACUCGCGCUUCGUUUCUAUAAAGCGACGUUCGAAUAUUCCGAUCGCCGGCGGUUGAAUAUUCCGACAAUUGUCCCGUUGCUUUUCUCCGUGCAACUACCCGUAACCGUUAACGUUUAAAUUCUGAAAUUACCCCCCAUUGUUUUUUGAGUCCCAAUCGUUCACAAUUCACGAAUUAGGGUUUCCUCCAAUCUCUUCGGGAAGUGGAACCAAUUCGGGGAAUUGAAUCCAUACAUCCAAGCAGCGAUGUUUACUCCGAAAAGGCCGUUUCCAGGGCUGUCAAUAGCACCAAAGAGUGAGGUGCGUGGCACGCCGAACCCUACUGGGAAGGAUAAGCGGGUGGCCAUUGUUGACGGCCCUCCGCCGCCGCCGACAGGUUUGUUGAACGAUAUUGGGAAUAGAAAUGAGGUGGAGAAUAUGGAGGAUUGGAGGAGGUUCAAGGAGGUGGGGCUGUUGGAUGAGGCUGAAUUCGAGAGACGGGAUCGCCAGGCGUUGUCGGAGAGGGUUCAAAAGCUCGAAAAAGAGCUAUUUGACUACCAAUAUAACAUGGGAUUACUCCUAAUUGAGAAAAAAGAGUGGGCUUCAAAGAAUGACGAACUUCAGGAAGCUAUUCUAGAAGUGCAGGAGGUCAUCAAGCGUGAAAAGGCUGCUCACUUAAUGGCCAUUACACAAGUAGAGGAGAGGGAAGGAAAUUUGAGAAAAGCUUUGGAUGUUGAGAGACAAUGCGUGUCUGAGCUUGAGAGUUCCCUGCGUAAACUACACUCGGAGCAUGACAAAAUCAAAAUACAAUCCGAGACUAAGCUUGCUGAUGCCAAUGAUCUGGUGGCUGGAGUUGAGGAUAGAUCAUCGGAAAUACAACAAAGGUUGCUUCUUGCUGAUUCGAAGCUUGCCGAGGCAAGUAGGAGGAGUUUAGAAUUGGAAAGGAAAUUGCAAGAGGUUGAGACGCGUGAAAGUGUACUUAAGAGGGAGCGGAUGUCCUUCAAUUCCGAGCGGGAUGCACAUGAAGCAUCUUUUAGGAAGCACAAAGAAGAUAUGCUGGAGUGGGAAAAGAAGCUGCAAGAAGGGGAGGAAAGGCUUUGUCAGGGUCGGAGAGAUAUUAAUGAGAGGGAGGAAAGAGUGAAUGAAUUCAACAGGGUGUUCAAGGAUAAAGAGAAGGAAAUUGUCGAAGAACAAAAGAAGGUUGAGUUGGAAAAUUUGACCCUGAAGAAAAAACAAGAUGAUGUUGAUAAGAAACUGGCUGACUUAUCUGUGAAAGAGGAAAAGGUCGAAUCCCUCAGACGCAAUCUAGAGAUGAAGGAGAAGGAGAUAAAUGCAUUGACUGAGAAGCUAAGCACUAGAGAGAAAGUGGAGAUCCAGAACCUUCUUGAUGGACACCAGUCUGCCUUGGACAUAAAACAGCAGGAAUUUGAAUCAGAACUCGAGAAGAAACGAAGAUUUUUUGAGGAGGAGAUGAAAGUGAAACACAAUGAGUUGGAUAAAAGGGAGAGCGAAAUAAACCAUUUGGAGGAAAAGUUGAAAAAACAGGAGCAAGCUCUGGAAAAGAAGUUGGAGCGGUCUAAGGAGAAGGAGAAAGACGUCGAAUCGAAGUUGAAAGGCCUGAAGGAAAAAGAGAAAGCAAUCAAGUUAGACGAGAAAAAUCUAAACAUGCUUAGAAGAGAACUAGCUUCAGAGAAAGAAAACCUGCACACUCUUCAAGAAGAGAUUGAGGAGACGAAAGCUGAAAUCAGUCGGAAAGAAAUGCAAAUCCAAAGUGAGGAUGAAAAGCUUAGUGUUACUGCCAAAGAGAGGAAGGAACACGACCGCUUGAUACUGGAAUUAAAACAGGAGAUUGAGAAGUAUCGGCAUCAGAUUGAUUUGCUUGGUAAGGAAAGGGAUGCAUUGAAGCAAGAUAGGGAUAAAUUUGAGGAAGAAUGGGAGACCCUCGAUGCAAAGAAAUCAGAGCUUGCGCAAGACUUAAAACAACUUGAACGAGAGAAAGAGACGAUUGAGAAAGCAAAGCACACUGGAGAAAAGCAGUUGCGAGAAGACAAAGUUGCAACCGAGGAUUAUAUUAAGAGAGAAUUGGAGGCUCUUACACUCCAGAAGGAGUCUUUUGCUGCCACAAUGAAGCACGAGCGGUCAGUGUUAUCAGAAAAAGCUCAAAACGAACAUAGCCAAUUAAUCAAUGAUUUCGAAACUCGUGAAAGGGAUCUCGAGGUCGAUAUGCAGAAUAAGCAAGAGGAAUUGGAGAGAAUUAUGCAGGAAAGAGAGAAAGCCAUGGAGGAGAAAUUUGAGAAAGAACAGCACGAUAUCAGUCACAUGAAGGAAGUCGUCGAGAAGGAAAUGGAAGAUAUGAGGUCAGACAGGAGCAGAUUGGAGAAGGACCGACAGACUAUUUCCGUGAACAAGCGACAUCUUGAAGAGCAGCAGCAAGAAAUGCAAAAGGACAUCAACGAACUCGGUGUUCUAAGCCAAAUGCUGAAAUUACAACGGCAGCAAUUCAUCAAGGAAAGGAACCGAUUUGUUUCAUUCCUUGACACAAUGAAGAGUUGCCAAAGUUGUGGGAAUAUGGUGAGCGACUAUUUAGUAUCCGAUCUUCAAAUUACGGAAUUGGAUGAUAAGGACACGUCUUCGCUUCAAUCAUUGGGAGACGAUUUACUGGAAAAAGUAGCUUCCUACAAAAAAGCGAAUGCUAAAAGAUCUCCAGGUGAGAACGAUCCAAAAUCCUCCGGAUCAGGUGGGCGCAUUUCUUGGCUUCUUAAGAAGUGUACUCCGCGAAUCUUCAACAGCAAAACUGUCGAAGAAGUGCUGCCUAAAAACCUGUCUGAUGAGCUGGCCGAUGCUACUCUCGGAGAAUCCAGCAAGCCAGCUGGCGGGACUACUGGAGAAUCGGAGACACCCAAAGGCGACUAUGGAGCAAAAGAAGCUGGAGACGAAACCAAGCAAUUAAAGUUAAAGAAUCCUCGGCGCGGGUACAGUCGGAAAACUGGGGAUGCAAUCCACAGGACACGUUCUGUUAAGGCAGUGGUUGAAGAUGCCGAAGCGUUCUUGAGGAGAACGGGUGAUUUAAAGACGAAUGAAGAGCAAGAUACAAGGGAGGAAAGCCGGGGAGAUUCUAGUCUUGCUGGGAAAGCAACGACUGGUUCGGUUCCCAGAAAGCGAACACGCUCUUCGAAAAUGACGGAGACAGAGGAUGCUUAUGACAGUGACGAACGUUCUGAAAGCAUUACAGCUGGCGAUCGCAGAAAGAGGCGGCAAACAGGUGCUGCUACGGCUGUGCAAACUCCCGGGAGGACUCGGUAUAAUCUCCGGCGCCCUAAGACAAAGGGAAAAGCCGAAGCUACUCUGACCGAGAGCGAGGUACAAGCUGAUAAAGAAGUGGCCGAUACAACUAUAUCACGCGAGAAUGAAAUAACUUCCGCACCUCAAGAAGAAGCCACGAGCCACAAUGGCGGUGAUCCCGUGGAAUUAGCUCAGAUUACGUCCCGUAGAACCUCUCAAAGGAUCUCGAUCGAUAGAGUUGUCAGGUUUCAGACACCAUCAGCCAAAUACGAUGAAAGUGCUGACGUUGCUGCCGUGAAGACAACCGAGAACAUGGGAUUGGCCAACGAGGUGGAUAAUAAUACUCACGAGUGUAAUGACGAGGACGGGCAGGACAGCACGUUGCAUGGUGGCGAGGAAGAAGAUGAUGACUGUGAAGAAUACGAUGAGAACAACCCCGGUGAAGCGUCGAUGACCAAAAAGAUUUGGACAUUUUUCACAUCGUGAUGCAUUUUUUGGUCGCGUUGAUGUUCGCCGUGAUCCAAAUCGAAUGCUUACAUUCUUCGGUAAUUCCUAUCCGUUGUCGUUUGAUUGUGUUGGUGUAUUAUUUCUAGAACUCAGAGGAUUAUUUGCCUUCCGGACCGUGUUUUUUUUUUUCGUUUUCUUCUUCGAUCUUGUUUCGAUAUCUGUAGAAUGCUCUAAGAAGCUUUGAUACAACGCUGUUAUACUUGUUUCUUCAAUGUUCUUGUGUUUGGACU